CUGGCUGCGGCGGCCGGCCGGGCUCGCACUGCCGGGAUGGACGGCGAGCGCCUGGCGUCGGGUUCCUCGGAGCUGGCGGUCGGUGAGAGCCCGCGGGGCGGCGCCCCGAUCCCGGGUGGCAGUGGGUCCUGCAGCCUGCUGCAGGCCGACGUGCUGGAUCUGGACGAGGAUGAGGACGACUUGGAGGUGUUCAGUAAGGAUGCCUCACUAAUGGACAUGAACUCCUUCAGCCCUAUGAUGCCAACUUCCCCUUUGUCGAUGAUAAACCAAGUCAAGUUUGAAGAUGAACCAGAUCUAAAGGAUCUCUUCAUUACAGUUGAUGCCCCUGAAAGCCAUGUCACUACAAUUGAAACUUUCAUCACUUAUAGGAUCAUAACCAAGGUAAAUGCUGAGGGACCAUUUCCGUUGCCAGAAAAGUUUAUCGUGAAAGGGAUGGUGGAACGUUUCAACGAUGACUUCAUCGAAACCCGCAGGAAGGCAUUGCAUAAGUUUCUGAACAGGAUCGCUGAUCAUCCAACUUUAACAUUUAAUGAAGAUUUCAAGGUUUUCCUCACUGCACAGGCCUCGGAACUGUCUUCUUAUAAGAAGCAAGGGCCUGGCUUGCUGAGCAGGAUGGGGCAGACAGUCAGAGCCGUGGCUUCCUCCAUGAGAGGAGUGAGGAACCGGCCGGAUGAGUUCACGGAAAUGAACAACUUCAUCGAGACGUUUAGCCAGAAAAUCAAUUUGAUAGAUAAAAUAUCUCAGAGAAUUUACAAGGAAGAAAGGGAUUAUUUGGAUGAAAUGAAAGAGUAUGGCCCCAUUCAUACUGUGUGGUCAGCGUCAGAAGAAGACCUGGUUGACACAUUGAAAGGCAUCGCCAACUGCAUCGAGCAGUGCUGUAAGGCCACUGAGAAGCGGAUGUCCGGGCUGUCAGAGGUCUUGCUCCCUGUCGUCCAUGAGUACGUGCUCUACAGUGAGAUGCUAAUGGGCGUUAUGAAAAGAAGAGAUCAAAUACAAACAGAACUGGACUCCAAAGUUGAAGCUCUGACCUACAAAAAAGCCGAUGCUGAUCUGCUUACAGAAGAAAUCGGGAAACUUGAAGAUAAAGUGGAGUGCGCUAACAAUGCGCUGAAAGCAGACUGGGAGCGGUGGAAGCAGAACAUGCAGAAUGAUCUCAAGUCGGCCUUUACUGACACAGCCGAGGAGAACAUCCGCUACUACGAACAGUGCCUUGCUACGUGGGAAUCAUUCCUCACAUCACAGACUGACCUCCCCUUGGAAGAAGACUCUGAAGAUAAAAUUUAAUCCUGUUUGAUCUUUGAGAGACAGUGUCUAUCAACCAAAGUUGUUUUUUUCUCUGGAUUGGCUGUGCCCUUUCUGAAGUGGAUGACAAAUGAUUUUGCACUGUCUGGAAAACCAACAACUUAAAAACUCAGGUAUUCCAGGUCAUCAACGUGAAUUUGUGAUAUAAAUAUAUCUAUCUCGAUAUAUAGGUCUACUAUAUGAUGUAUAUUCUAUAGAUCUAUAGAUCUGCUAUAUGGAUAGAUAUUUAUCUAUGUCUAUGUGGUUAGAAAGAGAUUUAGUGUAAUUUUAAUUUGUUCUUAAAUUUAUGUGCCAUUAAUUACAUAUACAGGUUUUUUUUUCUUACAUAUUUUACUGUGGAACAUUACAUUUUUCAAUAUGUUGUAAAGACUUGGUUUUAAUAAAAUCUUUAAUAAGAAA